AAUCCAUCUGGACAUAUUGCUAGUCAUAACUACCCAUAUCCCUAUCCCAACCAUGAAUUGUGCACGUGGACUUUAAGUGGGCCUUCAAAUGUUUACUAUGUAAUCAGGUAAAAUAAUUUAAAAUAUUAUUAUACAGCAAUGAGCAUAAUAUAUUAGCAUAAAUGUGUCCCUUGGUUUUUUUACUAUUGCAUAAUUAAACAUAAUUCCUAAUCUAAGUGGGCAUUAUAAUAAAGGAAAAUUACAGAAUUAAUUUUUUUUUUUUUUGCGAGAUCCAAAAUGCCAUUGCUAUUCGCUAUUGUUAAACUUUUGGCUUACUACACAUACACUUUUUUAUCUUGUAGUAUGAAACUUAAACAUUUUUACUUUUUAAUUAAUACAUAUUGAAAUUUUGACAUUAAAUGUAUAUAUAAAUAUGUAUUAAUUGUUUCUAGUUUUAAGACCAACCAUUUUUUCUUCGUCAUUAAACUGAGCAAUAAACACAAAGGACCAAACUCAAACUGUUUUGCGUCGAUGAUUUAUGCAGUAUGUUCUAUGCAGAUAGCAAUAGGACAUUGUCUUCAAAACUAGGUUAAUUUAAAGUUCCUUGCUCCUUAGCAUCUCUUACAUGGACAUUGAAUCCAGUACACGCUGUCAGUACGCGGCACUCAACAUCUAUGACGGAGCAAGUGAAAGGGACACACAGCAAGAUAUAUUUUGUGGCAGAAACUAUGACAGAGCAAAGAUUGUGUCUUCCUUAAACAAUUACAUGCAUAUUGUUUUUAAGACAAAUUAUAGUGGUC